AUGCGUCUCUGCCGUCGUCCGGCCUGCGCCGUAUGCCGGGCAUCUCUCAUCCGCGACGCAUCUUCCGCCGAACACCUUCCCUUCCUCCACAUUCAGUACCAGGGUGUCACGAGAGCCGCUGUGAGGGAUGGCAUACGGUAUAUAAACCCCAGACUCUACGCUUCUACACAGCAGGCCUGCUCUCUCAGCUACCUUCAACGCAUACCCUUGCUUUCAACACCAAUCCUCUCAACUAUGUCUGGAAACCCCCUCAAGGCCCUCGACGUCAACCCUCUCUACCUCGGACAGGGAAUCUACAUCCAGAAGGAUACCACCGUCAAGGACGAGAUCUACGUUGCGGUAACCAAGACGGACGUCAACAACGGCUCCUCCGCCUGGUACGAGCCCGGCGACGACGUCGGUAUCACGUGGAAGCCCCUCACGAACAAAGCCACCGACAACUCGCACGUCCGCCGCAACGGCGGCUACGAGAUCGUCUCGUUCAAGGACGCCAAAGAUACCCAGCGCAAGGCUCUCUACCUCAGCAUGGCCGGUCGUUCCUCAGUCGUCGUGAAGGCUCUUACUCGGUCGCUGACCAGCUCUAUCAUCAUCCUGUAG